CAUCCCGCCGUCAACAACACUGCUUUACCUGACCCUCGUUACAAAGUGUCACGCGUUUUCUCUCGAUACACUGCUGUAAAUCCACGUCUAAGCCUUCAAACCCCCGCAUUCAUUCCUUCCCAUCUCGAGAAUACGCAUACGGCUUCCGCAAUGUCCUCCGCAAAGGCUCCCGAGGGCUCUGCGCCUGCCGCGAGUUCCAACACGCCCGUUUCGAUUGUCUGCGUGGGCAUGGCCGGUAGCGGCAAGACGACUUUCAUGCAGCGCCUCGUUUCACAUCUCUACACUCAUCCCGACCCGACUCAAAGCGAACCCUCCGUCUCCAAAGCGUCCCCGACACCCCCGUACAUCAUCAAUCUUGACCCUGCCGUCCACCAUGUCCCGUUCACGCCCAACAUCGACAUUCGAGACAGUGUCAACUACAAGGAGGUCAUGAAGCAGUUCAACCUAGGACCCAACGGCGGUAUCUUGACAAGUUUGAACUUGUUUAGCACAAAGAUUGAUCAGGUCAUUGGUCUGUUAGAAAAGCGAACGCAGCCGCCAGCGCCAGUGAAGGAGCCAGAGCAAAGCACGGUCGAGUUCAUGACAAGUGGGGGUAAGGACAAGCAGACAGCACCAGCACAACAACCGCAGGUCAAACACAUCCUCGUGGACACGCCAGGGCAGAUUGAGGUCUUUGUCUGGUCGGCAAGUGGAGAGAUUCUGCUUUCGAGUUUAGCCAGCACAUUUCCCACCGUCAUCGCAUACAUCAUCGAUACACCGCGCACAACUAGCACAAGCACCUUCAUGUCGAACAUGCUCUACGCCUGCUCAAUUCUCUACAAGACCAAACUGCCCAUGAUACUCGUCUUCAACAAAACGGACGCGCAAGACGCCCAGUUCGCGAAGGAUUGGAUGACCGACUUCGAGGCCUUCCAAACCGCCUUACGUAACGAGGAAGAGGGUGGCAGCUUUGGUGGUGAAGGCAUGGGUGGAGGAAGUGGAUACAUGGGCAGCCUGUUGAACAGCAUGUCACUGGUAUUGGAGGAAUUUUACAAACACCUCAGUGUUGUGGGUGUCAGUGCUAUGACCGGAGAUGGCAUGGACGAGUUCUUCAAGGGCGUCCAGGAAAAGAAGGAAGAGUUUGAGCGCGACUACAAGCCCGAGCUUGAGCGACGGAGGGCAGAACGGGAGCAAGAGAAGAAAGCGACACGUGAGCGAGAGUUGGACAAGAUGAUGAAGGACAUGAAGGUGGGUGGCGCAGGCGCAAAACCAAAGAGCAAGCCGCGAAAAGAAGAGCCCGAGACCGUCAGCGAUGCAGAAAACUCCGACGAAGCCGGGAUGAUGGAUGAAGACCUAGACUAUGAGGACGAGAUGGAUUCCGAUGAUCCGGAAAACGGCCUAAAAGAGCGAUACAGACAGGCAGUCAACGAUCGCGGUGUCGACCAGAACGAGGACCACAGCUUCGCACGAUAUGUAAACAUGGCGAAGUUCACAUGAGAGACGCAGCACCCAUCUCGCAAAGACACCUGACUCAAGCGAUGAUAAUGGUUGGGCUUUGACAUUGCACGAUAGGCAGUCUCGCCUCUGAAUUCCUGGUUCGUGGUCGGAACUAGCUGCAGGCACUCACACAUGCGGCCAUGAAGACAUAUGCUGUUGAGAAAGUUACGGGCGACGUGCAUCGUUGACGGGCCGCAGCGAGACUGCCGUGUCAGUGUUUUGCAUCAACACUAGUAACACACGCACGCGUACUGAACCCUUUUCACACCCAUGCUCUCGAUGCUAAAGUAGUCUUCUACCCACGCACGAGCGGCUUGUUUCGUCUUUACCUGCUUCCUACUAUUGUGGCUUCAUCAUAACCUUGCGCUGUUACAUAUGUCUUGGUUACAAGGGCGGGAACACGCUUCUUUCUUGUCUGGAAGAGAAGGGUCUCGGAAGCGAAUGUUACACGGCGUG